GUGUCCUGUCUAUAAGCAGCAGGAGAGCAGUUACAGAAUACAAUAGGGAUUAGAAUAAAGUCACCCAACAUGCUGUGUACAUUACGAUCUGUCAUCUCUAAGGGGAAAGUGACUGCUGCAGCCACAUCUGCAUGGAGUGAGCUGACAAGAGGUGUACAGGCUAAAGCAGCCUUUGCAACAGGCCCACGUCAACAUGAUACUGAUUUCUAUGAAUUCCGCACCUACUCUAUCAAGCCUUCAAUGAUGACCCAAUUCACAAAGCUAACAAAUGAGAAUUUUCAUCUGCGAAUGGCACAUUCAGAGUUGAUUGGCUACUGGACAUAUGAAUUAGGUGGUCUGAAUAAGGUGCUGCAUAUAUGGAAAUACGACAGCUUUGCACAUCGGACAGCAGUACGGUCCAAGCUACCGGAAGACAAAGCGUGGCAGGAGAAAUUCAUAUCCAAAGUAUUACCCAUGAUAGACAAGAUGGACAUUGAGGUUACUUACUUGGUACCAUGGUGUAAACUGCAGAAGCCUGAUAAGGAAGGUGUUUAUGAAUUGGUCUCUUAUAAGUUUAAGCCCGGUGGACCAGCAGUCUGGGGCGAGGCAUUUAGAGCUGCCACCUCCACUCAUGUCAACACUGGAUACACAAAACUUGUUGGCGUUUUCAACACAGAAUAUGGAUUACUCAACCAAGUCCAUGCUCUAUGGUGGAAUGAGAAUCCUGACAGUCGAGCUGCAGGGAGGCAUUUGGCUCAUGAGGAUGCCAGGGUGGUUGCUGCAGUAAGAGAAAGCGUGAGAUAUCUUGAUUCACAGACAAACGCACUUCUGAUGCCAGCAUCAUUUUCCCCAUUAAAAUAACAGCAGUUAUUUAUGAUGUAAGUUAACUAUUAACCUUUGAUAGGUAGGUCAAUCCCCAUGUGCUUUUAAUAAACCAAUAUGAACCUUUAAAUCUGAGUGUUGCUUGAAGCU